AACAAAUUAGCUGAGACAACAAAAACUCUUGGAAAACAGCUGGACGAACAGAGCAUGAGCGCAUUUUUGGAGAGAGAACAAAACGCAGUAAAAAGACUAACAAAAACAGUGCGAGAACAUCAUGAAAUGAAACAUGAGAAACUAAACAACAAACGGAACUUUGCUCUCUUGAACAACAACAGAACUGACGAUUGGUUUGUAAAUGAGACAGAAUUGGAAUUCCCGCCGGAUAUAAAAUCAUUACUUUCAAAGGGUCCAAAGUUUGCUCUUCCCAUAGAACACGAGAAGCUCCCUCUCAUUAAAUACAUUGCCGAUGGAGAAGAAAUAGUUCAGACAAUUAAGGAAAAAGAGAAACAAGAGGCAGCGCGUACUGCAUUCUCUUUAAUGGUUAAAGAGCAUAGAGCGAUGAAAUACAUAAAUGCAACAGAUCGUGCAAUAUUAAAUACAACUCAACGGACAUACAAAUUUCUUAAACAACAUGACGAUAUUUUGAUAUUAACAUCUGACAAAGGAAACAAAACGGUAGCAAUGAAAAAGAUUGAUUAUGACCAUAGAAUGAUGGACAUUUUGUCGGAUCUAAACACCUAUAGAAUCCUCAGGAAAGACCCAACAACACGAUUACAGACAAAGAACAACAAUCUGGUGGACAAACUACAUAAGAUGGGUGUUAUCUCAAAGAUUGAAAAGAACAGAAUGACGACAACUACGGCGAUCUCUCCAAGAAUAUAUGGACUACCAAAAAUACACAAAGAAGGAACACCAUUAAGACCAAUUUGUUCAUCAAUUGGCUCACCAUCCUAUGGACUUUGUAAAUACAUUAUACAAAUUUUAAGGAAUAUAACAUUGGACUCAAAAUAUAACAUAAAAAACACAACUGAAUUCAAACAACGCAUAAAUAACACUUACAUUUGUAACGAUGAACAAUUAAUUUCGUUUGACGUGGUAUCAUUAUUUCCAAGCAUACCAACGGAUUUAGCAUUAGACACAAUCAGGAAAAAAUGGACUAAAAUACAGGAAUACACAAAGAUACCAAAAGCUUUAUUUAUGGAAAUAGUAAAAUUCUGCAUCCAAGAGAAUAGAUAUUUUACCUACAAGGACCAAACAUUUAUACAAUUAAAAGGAAUGCCGAUGGGAUCUCCGGCCUCACCUGUGAUUGCGGACAUCGUUAUGGAAAAUCUUCUGGACACCACAAUGGAUAAACUAACCAGACCACCAAGAUUAUUGACGAAAUAUGUAGACGAUAUUUUUUCAAUUAUACACCAAGAUGACAUCGAUAAAACACUGGAUACCCUAAAUUCAUUUGACAGGAAUAUAAAAUUCACUAUGGAGCUGGAAGACAAUGGAAAACUGGCGUAUUUGGACUCUUUGGUCAUCAGACGAGGAAACGAAUUAAAACUAAAAUGGUACAGGAAGCCAACAGCAUCAGGACGAAUCAUCAAUUUCAACUCAAAACACCCCAAGACGAUGAUAAUAAAUACAGCAAGGAGCUGUAUCCAACGGAUGCUGAACAUUUCGGAUAAAAUAUACCAUAAAGAAACGAAGAUGGAAAUAAUAAAUAUUUUAAAGGACAAUGAUUUUCCGGAUAACGUAAUCAGGACAUUAUUUAAAAAACAUAAAUCCACCAUUGACAAAACUAAGAAUGAAAAACAUAUAUAUCGGUCACUUAUGUACCAAAAUUAUCGGAAAGACUAUCACAUUCGGAUUGUUAUGACAAAGAUAGAAUAA